AUGCCAGCGAGGAUGCCCCCGGGGAUUAUGUUUAUGACAGCAGAACCUGUUGCCCUGCUUACCGUCCCCGAGGAUAAAGUAACUCAGUGUUGCUGGAUUACCAAUGAACAGAAAUUCAAAGUCCAUGUUUUCAAAGACACCCCGCCCUUGGAACAGGGCCCGCUGAACAUCACUGGCGACGGGCCUAUCGAUACGCCUAUUUGCAGUGGUCGCUAUGAUUAUAUAAUUACCGAAUACAAGGUCUUCAACGACUAUGUCAGUCUGAAGGCUGAACUACAUAUUCAGUGCGGUCAUUUCAAUGAGCGGGACCACACGAAGCUAAACAUUCACUAUAACCAAAGGCUAACCCGCGCCGGGUCUUUCCAUUUCAUUAUCACAUCUGGAAGCAAUCUCUAUGUGGACGUUAAUGUUUCGUUCCCCCCCAGUCUCAUUUUAGACACUARGAUUCAUAUUACUGGGGACGGGAUCGCUGCGGUCAUUGACCAGUGGAAAUAUCCCACAAUUGACAACCCGGAACUGAAGGAAAAACUGGCCUUUCUGAAAGGCUUGAUCUGUCCUUGGCCUUAUACUGCGUCAUAA